AUGUCUUCGUUACAGGAAUUAUUCCUAAAAGAUCUAGAAGAUCUUGAUUGCGCAGAAACUAGUGGCCUUAAUAAUAAAGAUAAUAUAUCUGAAAAUACCAGAUAUAGCGAUACUGAACUCAUUAAUAAAAUUAGUAACCUAAACGAACAAAUAUUUGGCAAUAUAGAAAAAUCAUCUAUUAUUGACCCGAAUUUAAAUAAUCGAUUGCUAGAUACUGAUGAUAAAAUUUAUAAUGUAUUUCAGGAAAUUAUAGACAUGAUUGGAAUGAUUGAUUCCAAAAUUUCAGAAAAAUAUGAACAUGUUAAAGCCUUAUACAAGGAUUACUUUAGUGAACUCUCUAGUAUAAUAAUAAACAAAACAGACUACUUGGAAGUUGUGAAAAGAAUAAUUUCUCAUGAAAAGUUUGAAGACGUAAAACUUAAUGACAUUUUACCAAAUUCCACAAUUAUGACAAUUACAAUUUCUUCUAAUACAAACAAAAGAAACACUCCAACAUUGGAAAAAAAAAAAUCCAUUAUAGAAUGCAUUAAUUUUGUUAAUCAAAUUAAUGGAAGUAAAUCAAAAAUACUCAUGUUUUUACAGUCUCAAAUAGAAGCUAUUGCUCCAAAUCUUUCCGCACUAGUUGGCCCUGAGAUUGCUGCUAAUCUAUUAUGUAUUUCAGGAGGGCUAAAAAAUUUAGCAGAAAUGCCAUCACAAAAUAUUAUGAUACUUGGAAGCUUAAAAAAUAACAAAAAAAAUGGUCAUUUUUCUACUGGCCCAGUGAGGUUAGAAUUGCUACAAAGUAUUGUUUCACAAAGCGACAUCGUUAGAAACGUUCCAGACAAGUACAAAAAGAAAGCGAUAAGACUUGUAUCUUUGAAAUGUGGGCUAUGUGCAAGAAUAGAUCUCACUAGUGCAGAAAAAAUCCCUGAUCACGGCAUUAACUAUCGUAGCUAUAUACUUGAUAUUUUAGAAAAAGCUCAAGAACCUCCUCAAAAGCCCAUGAAAAAGCCACUUCCAAUUCCAAAAGAUUUUCCAAAAUCCAGGAGAGGUGGAAAAAGAAUUAGAAAAAUUAAAGAAAAAUUCAAGCAAACUAAAAUUAGGAAAGAGAUGAACAGAAUGAAAUUUGGAGAAGAAGAAGAAGAAUAUACAGUGGAUGGAAAAACUAUUGGUUUGGGAUUAUUAAGUGCCGGAAGUGGUAGAAGAAUCAGAGGUCUUCAGGUUGGAAGUUUGAGAAACCCGAAUUCAAACAGUAAAAGUGGAGUACUAUCUGGUGGUGAUUCUAAAUUGGGAAAUAGCAGUUCUAUUUCAUUUACUCCUUAUCAAGGAAUGAUAUUUUAA